AUGCUCCGAAAGCUGACAGACAAGGUCACUUCACACAUUCGUGCAUUACAGUCGCUCGCAUCUAACGAGAAAAUUGCAGACUGCAUCAUCGUACAAAUGAUUCUCCAGAAACUUGACAAAACGACGCAGGCCAAAUGGGAGGAAACCUCUUCGAUCAGCGAGCUGCCAUCCUGGGAUCAAUUGACUGCAUUCUUGGAAAGGCGCUGCCGAAUGCUUGAGAAUGUUGAGCAUGCUGUUCAAGCACAGACUGGUCAGGCGUUAAGGCAUAGCAAAAACGACAGUAUUAGUCAAAGGAAAACGUUUGUCGCCUCCAAAGGCUCAACACGUGUUUGUGUAUUUUGUGGAGCACCCGAGCAUGCAAUUUAUAGUUGUCAACUUUUCGCAAAUUUAGAUCCGAACUCGCGCCUGGGGGAAGUUAAGAAGCUUGCACUUUGUCUUAACUGCCUCAAGGCUGGCCAUCAAAUGCGGGACUGCAAAUCCGGAUCGUGCCGCACCUGCCAGUCGAAACACCACACGCUCCUGCAUUUUAACCGCCCAACUGCUUCGUUAACCGAUAGUCAAGCCGAUGCUUCAUCGGUGGCCACAAUUCGAUCCAGUGCUAUGACUGCAUCGAUAUCUGCUUCGCUUAGUGCCCCCGUGUCUCCUUCUGAUGCUGUGCUCCUAGCUACUGCCGUCAUUCUUGUAAAAAAUCGUGCUGGAAUCUUCGUGUCCUGUCGCGCUCUUUUAGAUUCUGGUUCCCAGUUGCACUUCGUCACAACUCGCUUCGCAAAUCAACUUCAGCUAUUCAAAACAAAAGCUUCUGCUACAGUCUCUGGAAUUGGAGAUGCCAACUUCCCAACGGAAGGUUACUCACUCGAUCUCGUACUUAAGUCGCGGACUUCAGAUUUUUCAACAAGCAUCACUGCCCUUGUUGUGAAAACCAUCACCGACAAUCAGCCUGGCUGCUCCGUGAGCACCAACGAGUGGAAUGUUCCGUCGAAUAUACCACUAGCCGAUCCUGGGUUCAACUUACCACAGCGUAUUGAUCUGCUCAUCGGAGCAGGACUGUUCUUCGAUCUACUUUGUGUGGGUCAGAUACGCUUAGGAUCUGGUUUACCACUACUUCAGAAAACUCGUCUCGGAUGGGUGCUAUCUGGAGGUGGGCAACAAACUCCAAACCUGUCAUCAUUCGUCGUGAGGCAGAAAUCCUCCAGUGGUCUCAUUCCCAGCACUCGGCUGGACUAUUUAGUACGUCGGUUUUGGGAGAUCGAGCACAUUUUCGAACCGAUCUCUAAGGCCUCCCAAGAAGAUCUUGACUGCGAAGCCCACUUCCAGGGAAAUUAUUUUCGAUUGCCAUCAGGUGAAUACUCUGUUCGUCUGCCCAUAAAACGAAGCAUGGAUGCCCUAGGAGACUCCUAUUUACAAUCUCGUCAACGCUUUCAAGGUCUGGAACGAAAAUUCGCCCGUAACCCUGAUCUAAAGGCAGAAUACAGUAAGUUUAUUAAGGAAUAUCUGGACCUCAACCACAUGUCGCUGGUUUCCAACGAGGUUGUACAACAAUGCAAGUACUUCCUGCCACAUCAUUGCGUUAUCAAGGAUGACAGUAGUACAACAAAAUUGAGGGUGGUUUUUGAUGGAUCUGCAACCACUACCUCAGGUUUUUCGUUAAAUGACCUACUCAUGGCAGGCCCAACUAUUCAACCGAAGCUUUUUCAUAUUCUCAUUAGAUUUCGUACUUUUCCUAUAGCACUUACUGCAGACAUCUGUAAGAUGUAUAGGUGUGUUCGCGUCACUCCACCGGACAACAUGCUCCAAUGGAUUUUGUGGCGAGAAUCUCCACAAGAAGACUUUCGCAUCUAUAAGCUCGACACGGUGACGUAUGGAACUAAGCCUGCAGCGUUUCUAGCCAUCCGAGCCAUGCACCAACUCGCAGCAGACGAAUCCGCGACUAUCCCAUUGGAGCAGAAGCGGUACUUCGGGACUUCUAUGUAG